GACCGAUUACUGCGCCGAAUAAAAAGUCCAUCGCGAACAAUCAUAGUUACCAUUCUGCCGAAUCCGGCAUCACACACAGCUUGAAGCAUCAUCAACCACAAUGCCCCGCCGCCGCCGUCCCCCGCGCUCCGGCGCCCUAACCGAGCUUCCGCCCCUCAAGAUCCUCAGCCAGAUCGCCGCGCUACAAGCAAUCUACUACACUGCCGCCCUGGUGCUCAUGUUCUUCACGGCGGCCGUAGCUGGAAAUCCUUUCACGCUGGACUUGGUGUUCGGGUGGGACGCGGUAAGGGGGGAUAACACACAGGGGUGGUUGAACGGGUUUAUUUGGUGUUUAGUGGGCGGGUUGGUGCUACCCCUCUCCCUGACAGCCAUCGUCCAACGCUCCAAGCUCAUUCUCGACUUUGCCCUCACCACGCACUUCAUCCACCUCGUCAUCGUCACUCUCUACACCACGCCCGACCACACCUUACCCCGCCACACAGCCUGGUGGCUGACCAUGGCCAUUUCGUCCCUGGCUUCCUUCUUGCUCGGCUCAUGGGGGUGUCGAUACAGGGAGCUGCAGCCUAUUGCUUUUGGUGGACAUGGCGGUGGCGGAAACACCACGAACAACGCCAACAACAGCAUCACAGACGGGGAGGGGACAGGACAAGGAGACGAAGAACAGGGCUUUAUCACAGGAUUAAGAGGAGGAGGAGGGAGGACCAAGCGGGGAUCGAGGGGCGAUUUGGGAGGAGAUUACGAAAUGGUCACCAUGUCUGGCGCCAGCGGCAGCGGCAGCGGUAAAGGCCAUGGGAGAUCACAAAGCACCGUUUCCCAAGCUGGGCUAGGGGGCCCAUUAGAGAAAGCCGACUAGAAGUCCCGGUUACGGGUAUUAACCAAAAAUGCACUACGAUCACUACCCCGCGCCGUUUGGUAUCAUUCCCCCAAAAUAGCACUUGCUUUUGCAAUGGUGGAGUUUUGGUACGUGG